UCGCACGCCUGUUCCGCAUCUCCGCGCCCCGUGGAUAUGUACACUGACAUAACACCUCCUGCCCAAGCAAGCAGCUGUCAAUCAAUAGCCAACAAUGAUGUGAUGUACUAUAGACGCGCCGCUGCGCGUGUCUUCUUUUCCACGUUGUCCUUUGUGCAUUGUGACUUCAUUUCAAAGACCCGUGAAUACCGACGACCAUGGCCAACAACACAAACGGAACUGGCGUUAGGGAGGCUGGUAUCACGGAUUCAGAGCACUUUUCGCCGUACAGAGCGGAUGGAAAACUGUACGGCUUCGUAUGCGUAGUAACAGGCGCAACACAACCCGUAGGAAAAGCAAUCGUCGCUGAACUCGCCGCACACGGCGCAGCAUGCAUAUACGCCUGCUCCUCGCUCCCCUCAGAACCCUACGCCGAACUCGCCGAUUCGAUAAACGCGCAAUACCCAAACACUAAAGUAAUCGGCUACCCAUACAAGAUUAACUCGGAAGAAGACACUCUCGCUCUCAUCGAUGACGUACUGAACUCAUGGGGCCGCCUCGAUGUCUGGACGUCUUCUACUGGUCUGCUAGGUCCGCCGUCUAUCAACCAGACAGGUCCGAAGGAUCUGUACGCCGCGUUUGACACAAAUGCCAUGCCGGCGUUCUUCGCGCUCAAGUACGCGCCUGCCGCUAUGCAGAAGACAACGCCCAAAGGGAGCUAUCCUAAUGCCGCGCCCAAGGAUGUUCCAUAUGGAAGCAUCAUUGUCGUGACCAGUGUCGCGGGGACAUAUGGUGGAUGCUGGGCUCCUGCUUUUACCAUGGCGUCGCAUGCUGCGCUUGGUGUUGUGCGCUCUGGCGUUCUGGUGCUCAAGGGGACGGGUGUGCGUAUCAAUGCCAUCACAGCUGGGCAGAUUGAUGUUGGUGUUGAUUUGAAGGAUUGUGGUGUGAAGGAGAUGGCGCAGGGCCAAUUUCCGCCUGCUGCGCUGCAGGGAGAGGAGAGCCAGAAGAGGACGAUUGGGCUGGAGAGGGCAGGUAGACCGGAGGAGGUGGGUAGGACGGUGGGAUUUCUGGCGAGUGGAUUUAGUAGUUAUAUUACGGGCGCUGAGUUGAGGGUGGAUGGGGGAGCGGGGGUGAUGAACCCUAUUACUGUUCCUGUCUAGAGUAGAUGUAUUGCGACCAUGGCGCUGUUGUAGCUGUUGAUGAAGAGAAGAUGGAUGGGUGAUGGGUG